UAUCUCGCAUUUAUUCUCAACAAGAUUAUCAUUAUCACAUCCUCACACACGCUCAGGCCCGCUAGCGAUCUCGGGUACAUGUAGAUAUACAAUCAGUAGUAUGAAUGAGAACUGCUGAUGCGUUGGCCUGGGGCUCGGGCGGUCAGGCAUGCAGCAAACUAUAUGCCCAAUGUCUCCUUGUAUCAAUCAAUCAUCGUAAGGCAAUGAAUGGAGAUCCAUGUUUUAUUCGAGCCCAAUUUCGACUUCAGGCCGACAGUCAGCUAGGACUGGACUCUCUAUCAUAGGUACCGCUUAUUGCGCUUGAUAAUGAACGAUUGCCUAAAUGGUUCCCGUU